AUGACUGAAACUGAGGAUAUUUAUAAGGAUAUGGCAGAAAGGCCAGAAAUAUUUGAUCUUAAUAAUUCUAAAGUUAUUGGAUUAUUCAAAGAUGAAUGUCCUAAUAAUCCUCGAAUACUCCCAAUGACACCCUCCAGUAUGAGUUCAAAGUCAUCAACAUACUGA